UGUAUUUUUGUCUGGAAUUAAACUAAGCUCAGCAUCCCUAUGAAUGAAGCAGUAACGCCGUGGAAGAGCUGAGAUGCUCGUCAACCCUAAUCCCAUUCCCAGUGCAAGCUACAACAGCAGUUAUGGCUGCUCAAACAAUCCUCUCUUCUAUGCCCCAGUCUCAAGCUCUUCUUUGGCCAACACUCUCGAACCCUGAUCAUCCAUCUCUCCGUUCUUCCUUCCGCGGCCUCUCCCUCAAACUCACCAAUCGACGCCUCGCCCUCUCCGCCGCACCGAAGCCCCUCGCUGUCGUCGUCGCCGCCGCCUCCAAGAACGCCGUCGCCGUUCUUAAGGGCACCUCCAAUGUCGAGGGCGUCGUGAAGCUCAUUCAAGAGGGCGAUGGUCCCACAACCGUGAAUGUUCGCGUUACUGGGCUCACUCCGGGGCCUCAUGGGUUCCAUCUGCAUGAGUUUGGAGAUACAACAAAUGGGUGUAUCUCAACAGGAGCACACUUUAAUCCUAAUAAUAUGACACAUGGUGCCCCUGAAGAUGAAAUCCGUCAUGCGGGCGACCUGGGAAACAUAAUAGCUGAUGCCAAAGGGGUGGCUGAGGCAACAAUAGUGGAUAACCAGAUACCGCUAAGUGGACCUAAUGCUGUAAUUGGCAGAGCCUUUGUGGUUCAUGAGCUUGAGGAUGACCUUGGAAAGGGUGGUCAUGAGCUUAGUCUUACCACUGGAAAUGCAGGUGGACGAUUGGCAUGUGGCGUGGUUGGUUUGACUCCCAUAUAAGACAGGUCCCCCUUUGUUUGAAACCAAUCUGCUAUGCACCGUGUUACUUCCUUUUCAUGUAUCAUGUGGAGGUCAAUGUAUUCACGGCAGAUGUGUGGUUUUGGAAUUCUGUGAACAAAAAUGGGUAGCAGCAGUGCUCUGAGAACUGAUCAUAUUUUAAUGUAUUAACGACCCAAUAAAUGUGAGGUUGGUAUGAAUACCCUAUACAUGUUAUGAAACUUGAUCUUGAAUACAGUCGUUACAGAGUUGAAUACAGUGGUUGCAGAGUUGAUCGUAUUUAA